UUAAUCCGCAAAUUCCUCUAUCAAUCCAUAUGGUCAUCGAAUUUAGUCUCCGGAUGUGACAAAAACCAAUAAUACGUGUCAGUUAGUGUCUGUAAAUCAUGGCAGACUUGAAUCUUCUUCUUCAUCUUAAGUUUAUCUAAAUAUCCCGUGUAUUAGGUUUCACCAUUGACAGACGCCUGUGAGUUUUAUUAGCUUCUGUGCAAGCUUACCAGCUUAAUUUGUAGCCCGUUUUCUAAUCUUAGAUAGAAACUGUAAGCCAUGUCUGUGUGUAUCCUAGCGAUCCUUGUGCUACAUGCAUGGCUUCCAGCACAAGCUCAGACAAGUUUUCGCUUCAAUAAAUUCAAUGCCUCCACCCUUUAUCAGGUCGAGCAUUCUUCAAUCCGUUCUGGUGCCAUUUGCCUCACCAAUCAAUCACAACACGUGUCUGGCCGAGUUUUAUAUCCUCAGUCGGUGCGGAUGAAAGAUUCCAAUUCGACAAAUACGAGCUCAUCUUUCAGCACCACCUUCGUAUUCGCCAUGGUUCCUUAUUCUUCCGAUCCUUCACGCAGCAGCGGGCAGGGGAUGGCCUUUCUCAUAACGCCCAGCAAGUCUCCUGUGGAAGAAUCAUCAACUCAGUACCUUGGUUUGUUUAAUGCGUCCAACAUAGGGAAGGCCGAAAAUCAUCUCUUUGCCAUCGAGUUCGACACAAUCCUCAACGUGGAUGUCCAAGACAAGAACGACAAUCAUGUCGGUGUGGAUCUCAACGAUCUCAAGUCCGAAGAGCCUGAAACUGCGGGGUACUGGAUUGGCAACCGAUUUCAUGAACUAGAUCUCAAGGGUGGACAGAAUAUUCAGGCUUGGAUCGAUUACGAUCAUACCCAACAGCAAUUGAAUGUUACGAUAGUAGAAGCUGGAUCACUUCGACCCCAAAAGCCUCUUAUAUCGCUCAAAAAUAUGACUUUGUCCAAUAUUUUUGAAGAAGAAAUGUAUGUUGGUUUCUCUGCAUCAACAGGAACUGUCGUUGCAGAUCACUGUGUCCUGGCUUGGAGCUUCAGCACAGAUGGAUCGGCGCCUGAGCUGGAUGUAUCUCAUCUUCCUUCCCUCAUCAAGCGCAAGAAAUCCAACUCGAGACUUAUAGCCGGUGUUACUACAGCUCUAGUACUGUUGUUGGUGCUUCUUGUUGCAGCAGCUAUUUUUAGCUGGAAGAGAAACAACUAUAGAAACGCUAAAGAAGACUGGGAGACGGAAUAUUGGCCUCACAGUUUUGACUACAAAGACUUAAAUAUUGCAACCAAGGGUUUCCGAGAUGAUCAAGUUCUGGGUAGUGGAGGUUUUGGACGGGUGUACAAAGGAGUACUCCCUGCUAAUGGCCAGGAAGUCGCUGUAAAAUCCAUCUUUAGAGAGAGCACUGAAGGCAUGAAGGAAUUCAUAGCAGAGAUUUCAACUCUCGGGCGUUUACAGCACCGGAAUCUUGUACAGGUCAGAGGCUAUUGCAGAAGAGGAGCAAAGUUAUUCAUAGUGUAUGACUACAUGCCAAAUGGAAGCCUGGAAAAGAUGAUUUUUAAGAAGACAGAGAGCGUGCUUCCAUGGGCUCAAAGGUACAGAAUUCUAAGGGACGUGUGUGCAGGAUUGGAGUAUCUUCACGAAGGAUGGGAGAAAAGGGUAGUGCACAGAGACAUCAAAUCUAGCAAUAUUUUGUUGGAUUCUGAACUUAAUGCAAAGCUGGGAGACUUCGGGCUUGCUCGUCUGUACGAGCAUACAGAAAACCCACAAACUACUAGGGUGAUGGGUACCCUUGGGUACAUCGCUCCGGAACUCGUACACACAGGAAAAGCCGCUCCCAGCGCAGAUGUGUUCAGCUUUGGUGUUUUAAUGUUAGAGGUUGCCUGCGGGAGGAGGCCAGUGGAUUCGUCUCUCGAUGCUUCCCAGAUGGUAAUGGAGGAGUGGGUGAAAGAUCUCCAUGCGAAAGGGAGGCUUAUGCAUGCACCAGAUCCAAAUCUUGGUGGUGAAUAUGAUGACGAUGAGAUGGAGAAGGUGCUCAAAUUAGGACUGCUGUGCUGCAAUCCUCAGCCAGAGGCAAGACCUUCCAUCAGACAGGUAUUGCAGAUAAUUGAAGGGGAAGCGUCUCUUCCCAAUUUAGUUCCAUAUGAGAUGAGUGGAGGGAUCAGUAGUUCAUUUACAAGUACAGGAGAAUCAUUUGCCUCGACUUCCAAGUCUUUAGAGGGACGAUAGUGAACAGUCUCGUGGAAAUUAGUCAUCGUUUAGCAGAGGGUUUCUGCUAAAAUUUUGAUGGAUUGGGUACUUUUUUGUGUGUGGAGUUGUUCAACAGAGGAUCCCGUAUUGGCAAAGCUACCAUUGUCUUUGUUUUUGUACAUGGAGCUGUGUUCAAUUGCAAAUUUGCAGAAACAUGGAAUGAGUUAAAAGAGUCGAUGUAUUUUCCCUUGGCAUGAGACUGAUGUAAUACUUCCUCUCUAUCUUCUGUUAUUUUGAUUCUGUUCUAUGUACAGUACUGAGUGUUAAAUUGCAGUAACAGGGAAUGAAUUAAAAGAAUCACUGUAUUUUCCCUUAGCACGAGGUUGAUGUAAUACUUCCUCUGUAUCCUCUGUUGUUUUGAUACUGUUCAUUUGUCUUGAACAAUGAAUAGAGUAUUGUUUUAAAGAUUAACAUGUAGCUUCAGGAAUUGUUUACAUCAUAAAUUAACAGA